AUGAAGGAAAUAGGAAUUGCAAACGUUCAUAAAUCAUUCAGCUGGAGUGCAAAACUUUUAAAAUGCAUGGGAGUAUGGCCAUUGAAAAAUUACGUUCCACUGUUUCUCUUCUUCUUUACAUAUCUUUCCCUUCAUUGUCUUCUAACAUUCGCACAUUUGUUUUUGGCUCCGAAAACAAUGGAAAACGUUGUACCAAACAUAGCAGAAAAUAUGCUAAUAACGAUGACAUUAACGAAAAUAACAAUUGCUCGAAUGAACAGAGAAGCAUUGCGUAAAUUGUUCAUGGAUAUUAAAGAGUAUUCGCUCAAUGAAAAAUAUGAAACUAAAGAGGAGAAAUUGACAUUCUUACAUUAUACUAAAUUACCCCCACGAUUUAUUGUAAUAUCGGCAUGUUCAAUGACACUAUCCGAUACAUUAUAUUAUAUUACUCGACUUGCCGAUGGAAUUCAAAUGGAUUUUCCGUCGUGUGCCAUGCGACGAUUUUCAAAGCAAAACAAUUACACGAGUUAUCAGUUGCCGUACAAAACAUUACAAAUCAUCGAUUUAAGUGACAUCAGGAUUUACACUUUGAUUUGUGCUUAUCAAAUAUUAUUCGUACCUUGUGUCGUAUUAGGUUACGUAGGAUUUGAUUGCAUGUUCGUCAAUUUGUCCAUUCAAGUAAUUGCACAGUUCUCCAUAUUGUCCUAUAAGGUGAGGACAGUAUUGAAUAAUUCUAAAAAUUAUCAUGAAGGUAUGAAGGGACUUGUACUACGACAUUAUCGAUUGAUAAGAUUUUCGGAAGGAUUGGAAGAUAAUUUUAACUUCGUGAUUAUGCAACAACUUUUGGGUACCACCAUUCAUAUCUGCAUUUCCGGUUACUUCCUGAUGACGAGUACCAAUUUUGGUAACGCCAUUUAUAAUUACGAAUGGUACGACUUACCUGCAACGGACUCGAAAUUUUUUCUUAUUUGUAUGAUAAGAACGAAGAAGCCGCAAUUUUUAACAUCUGGCAAAUUUGCCAUCCUGUCCUUGACCGUCUUCACGGACGGAUGA